AUGGACAAGAGUUAAACGAGGUAGCAGCAGUAGCUGAAAACACACUUCACUUCAUUUUCCUUCAUGUGCAUUCUUCGCAUCGCCUUCAGCCUUCUUCAGCAAACUAACAGCUGCCGAGAAACAAAUUCCAGAGCACAGUGCCUUUAUGUGUAAGGUACCUGAGAUACAUAUCCUCCAGUAUCUCCUGUUUCCCUGAGAACCACUGGGUACCCAAAGAGAUCUUCAGCCAGGGCUCAGAAUCAACACAAAUCGGGCCAUGGACAUGCUUUGAAAGUGUGGCAGUGUGCUGAUGGGAGGCUAGGCACAGGGAUGUGAGCGGACUAGUAAAGAUGACCCUGUUGGCGGGUGAUGGCUCUGACUAUGACUACAGUGCCCUGAGCUGUGCCUCUGAUAACUCCCUCAACCCUCCUCUCCAGCAAGAGCAGGAGGCUCUUAAGGGGGCCUUCUACAAAAGGGCACAGCCUGCUCCUGAGCUUAGCACCAUCCAUGAUAACACACUCCUGUCCAGUGCCCGUAAACUCCAUGCCAUUAUCAACGUGGGUGGCCUACGUUACCAGCUGCCUUGGACCACCUUAGAGGAUUUCCCCUUGUCUCGUCUGGGCCAGCUGCACCUCUGCAGCAGCUUUGAUGAGAUCAUGCGUAUCUGUGAUGACUAUGAUGUUACACACAAUGAGUUCUUCUUUGACCGCAGCCCCUGCGCCUUCCGUAACAUCCUGACCUUUCUGCGGGCGGGCAAGCUGCGGUCCCUCAGGGAGAUGUGUGCUCUCUCCUUCAGAGAGGAGCUGCUCUACUGGGGGGUUCCAGAGGAGAGCCUGGAGUGGUGCUGUCGUAGGCGUCUGCUGCAGCGCAUGGAGGAGUUUGAAGCUAUGGAGAGAGCAGAGGAGGAGGAAGAACUCCUGGAGGACCUACUGGAUUCAGACAGUGGCCACAGAGGGCAUGCAGGUGACUCUAGAUUCAGUCGGUGCAUGGCCAAGCUAAGAGACAUGGUGGAGAGGCCUCACUCUGGCCUCCCAGGAAAGAUCUUUGCUUGUUUGUCAGUGCUGUUUGUCACCAUCACAGCCAUCAACUUAUCCAUCAGCACCAUGCCAGCCAUGAGGGAGGAGGAGGAGUCGGGCACCUGUUCCCAGAUGUGCUAUAACAUCUUCAUUGUGGAGACUGUGUGUGUAGCCUGGUUCUCCCUGGAGUUCACCCUGCGCUUCAUCCAAGAUCGCAGCAAGCUGACUUUCCUCAGACAGCCCCUGAACCUGAUCGAUGUGGUGGCCAUCCUGCCGUACUACAUCACACUGGUGGUGGACAGCACUUCCAAAGGGGAGAAGCGGCUGGGUUCUGGCAGCACCUACUUGGACAAAGUGGGCUUGGUGCUGCGUGUGCUGAGGGCCCUGCGCAUCCUCUAUGUGAUGCGGUUAGCUCGCCAUUCACUGGGUCUGCAGACUCUAGGCCUGACAGCACGCCGCUGCACAAGGGAGUUUGGACUGCUACUCCUUUUCCUGUGUGUGGCCAUCGCACUAUACUCCCCCUUGCUCUACUUGAUUGAGAAUGAAAUGGCCACCACACAGGAGUUCACUAGCAUCCCUGCUACCUACUGGUGGGCUGUUAUCACCAUGACAACGGUGGGCUAUGGGGACAUGGUGCCAAGGAGCAUCCCAGGUCAGGUGGUGGCGCUGAGCAGCAUCCUAAGUGGUAUCCUCCUCAUGGCCUUUCCUGUCACCUCCAUCUUCCACACAUUCUCACGCUCCUACGUGGAGCUGAAGCAAGAGCAGCAGAGGCUCCUGCAGAGGAGGACGCACUUUCUGCUACGGAGCCGCAUGGCCGGGCUAGGCAGCAACCUUUCCUUAGAGAGUGAUAUGCUCUUUCCCAUAGGGUCGUCUGACGCGAGAGAAAUAGAUGACUGAGACUGCAGGACAAGUGAGGACAUGAGAAAGCAGGGGGUAGGACAGAAACAAAGGCUGAAAGAGGUAACACAUGGGACCGAAUGUGCAACCAAGACAGGAAGAGAGCGUGACAAAGAGAAAACAGGGGUGAAGAGAAAGCAGCAUGGAUUGGUUGGUUGAAAAAGGUGUCAAAAAAGUGAAAAACCCAAAAGACAAAGAGAUUUUUUUUUCUUCCAAAAAUAAACCAGCUUUUUUUGUAGCAUUGUACACUUAAAGAAAACAAUACACAGAAAUGAAAAGAUGAGACAGAAUAAGAACAAAAAAAAUGACCUCUUGGUAAAAAGCAUUAUAUAACAGCAACAGAAUAGCAAAGAUAAGUCCAGCUGACAAAAACAAAUACGCAUAAACCUCAAGCUUAACAAUGACCUGCAGUGUUGAAACAGUCGUAUUAUAAAACCCUCGAUGCUGUCAACAAACAACGCACCUGAAGAGCACAAUCACGGCUUCACAUCAUGCAACAACAUUGUGAUGAUUUUCAUCUCUGGUUUGUGCCGAUGUUUUAAUGGACUUGUGUUCUCUCUGGAGCUUUGCAGUGUCACUGAAUAGAAGAUGCUGUUUGUUUCCCAAAGGUAAAAUUUCCUCCCCAAACUAUCAUGUGACCUUCCUUGAUAACACAUACUGUGGCACAGCCAGCAUCUACAUAUUAAUUAUGAUGUCUUAAUUGUCCUUCUUCUACACUUAGCAAUUCAUAUGCAAUUUUUGAACACUUUCUGGAGCAUUAUUGUGCUUGUAAUUACUGCAUUUGCUGUGCAUAGCUGUUUAUAAAUUGUACCUCUCAUUAACUUGGAUUUGAAUGGAAUCUAUCCUGUCGAUGAUUCAUUGAUGCCUCUUGUUUUAACUUUCCACUUCAUAAACUGAGGAGAUAAAUGACUAAGAACAUCAACCACACAUGCCAGAUGCUAGAAAGGGUUCAGUUAUAUCGUUAUAGACUGAAAUAUCAGUCUAAUCUAAUCUGUUAUCCAUGAUUUACACCAGUGGUUCUCAAACUGUGUGGCAGACGCAUCUGGUGGGGUUUAGACCUGCUGCAGGUGGACAAAUAUGAGGUGAAACUUAAGUAAAUGAAUAAAAGUUUGCCAGGAAAACAAACAAGUGUUUACUGAUGCUGUUGUGAGAAAUUUAGCUUGGAUUCUUUUUUAUUGCU